AGACGCCCAAAGGGGUGGGGCGGUGAGGGGAAGGAGGAGGGAAGUAGGACUUCAACAUGGCGGCUGCGGCACUGGCGGUGGCUACGGUGACGGUCUGGCCCGGAGCGGGCAGAGUUGGAGGUGGUGGCGUUCGCUCUCCCUAGGGGCCGUCGGGAGCUCAGCGGGGACCGAGCCUCGGAGGCCGGCCGGUGCCAGCACCUUUCGGCUUCUGGGAAGGCGGCAGCAGCGGCAUUCAGGUUCUAAAUGGCUUCUAAGAAGUUGGGUGCAGAUUUUCAUGGGACUUUCAGUUACCUUGAUGAUGUCCCAUUUAAGAUAGGAGACAAAUUCAAAACACCAGCUAAAGUUGGUCUACCUAUUGGCUUCUCCUUGCCUGAUUGUUUGCAGGUUGUCAGAGAAGUACAGUAUGACUUCUCUUUGGAAAAGAAAACCAUUGAGUGGGCUGAAGAGAUUAAGAAAAUCGAAGAAGCCGAGCGGGAAGCAGAGUGCAAAAUUGCGGAAGCAGAAGCUAAAGUGAAUUCUAAGAGUGGCCCAGAGGGCGAUAGCAAAAUGAGCUUCUCCAAGACUCACAGUACAGCCACAAUGCCACCUCCUAUUAACCCCAUCCUCGCCAGCUUGCAGCACAACAGCAUCCUCACACCAACUCGGGUCAGCAGUAGUGCCACGAAACAGAAAGUUCUCAGCCCACCUCACAUAAAGGCGGAUUUCAAUCUUGCUGACUUUGAGUGUGAAGAAGACCCAUUUGAUAAUCUGGAGUUAAAAACUAUUGAUGAGAAGGAAGAGCUGAGAAAUAUUCUGGUAGGAACCACUGGACCCAUUAUGGCUCAGUUAUUGGACAAUAACUUGCCCAGGGGAGGCUCUGGGUCCGUGUUACAGGAUGAGGAGGUCCUGGCAUCCUUGGAACGGGCGACCCUAGAUUUCAAGCCUCUUCAUAAACCCAAUGGCUUUAUAACCUUACCACAGUUGGGCAACUGUGAAAAGAUGUCACUGUCUUCCAAAGUGUCCCUCCCCCCUAUACCUGCAGUAAGCAAUAUCAAAUCCCUGUCUUUCCCCAAACUUGACUCUGAUGACAGCAAUCAGAAGACAGCCAAGCUGGCGAGCACUUUCCAUAGCACAUCCUGCCUCCGCAAUGGCACGUUCCAGAAUUCCCUAAAGCCUUCCACCCAAAGCAGUGCCAGUGAGCUCAAUGGGCAUCACACUCUUGGGCUUUCAGCUUUGAACUUGGACAGUGGCACAGAGAUGCCAGCCCUGACAUCCUCCCAGAUGCCUUCCCUCUCUGUUUUGUCUGUGUGCACAGACGAAUCAUCACCUCCAAAUACUGGUCCCACGGUAAGUCUUUUAAAUCCCCCGCCAACUCCCAUAUUUUCCUGAGGACAGGGAUUAUGUUUUUUCUUGAUGUUUGGUUUUUUCCGAGACAGGGUCUCAUUCUGUUGCCCAGGCUGGAAUACAGUGGUGUGAUCGUACCUUACUGU